AUGAGCGAUACCGGCCCUCAACGCGUUGUCAUCUUACCUCUACCACAAUCAGUGUACGCCUCUCAUGACCUAACUGAAGAUGCGUUGCAUCAGUGGACUAAAGAUCACGGGUUCAACCUUUCACGGCGCCGAGUUCGGUACACAGAUGAAGCUGAGAGAAAGGUGUGGGCACGGAACUAUGAGUGUGAUCGCUCCGGAGCCGUCAAGAACACUGGGCACUUGACUGAAGAGACCCGGACGCGCACCAUGCGAGGUUCAAAACGUUCAGGAUGCCCCAUGUGCAUGCUGUCAGUAAGACAGAUACUGAAGGGCAUUGGAAGAUUGUUCACACGUCACGAAGCAUUCACCACAAUCACGAACCGUCCCGGGACAUUUGUGCUCAUGCUGCUGUCAGGCGCCGUGCUGCCCACAAGUCCCAGGAACAAACGUCGGUGA